AUGAGCGCUGCGCUGGACGAGACCAUUUGCGCAUACUUUGUGAACAACUGCAAGGGACAAACAGAGAGCGAAAAGGCGGCACUGGUGCAGUACGAACAAGCGCUAACUGUAAUACGUGAAGUGCUGGCCGAUACGCAGCUGCGCGAGAUCAAACCCAGUCACUGUGCUCCACUUAUAGCAGGCGGCGGCUUGACCAAGAAAGAUGUAUUUGUGCUGGCGCAAUUCGAGGGCGAUCUGUUCGAGCAGCUGCAGGCGAGCAAGGCUCAAGUGCUGGGCCCGCCCUGCAUUGUGGAGUGUGUGCGCAAAUGUGAGCCCAUACCGCUGGGCAGCAGCGCUGUCUACAGCACAGCCAUGAGUGGUCUGCAGAUCUCCGCCAGUGGCAUUAAUUCACAAGAGAAGGAUGAGCUGAAGAAGCUCAUCAACUGGAUGGGCGGACAUUAUUUUCAAAACUUUGGACGCAACGUCACACAUUUGAUAUCCAAUACCAUCAAGUCCAACAAAUAUGAGCAUGCUACACUCAAUGGCGUGCCGGUCAUGCACGUGGACUGGGUGCAUCGUGUCUGGGAUUGCAGUCGCGCGGACGCCAGCACUUGCGCUGCGGACAAGCAGUUCGAUAAGUAUCGCUUGCCCACUUUCUUUAACGCUAAUAUCACUUGCAGUGGCCUGGAGUGUGAGCGCAAGGAUGCGAUCAUGCGGCUGGUGAAUGAGAACGGCGGCAUUUAUCAUCGCGCCUUUCGCUCCCAGCUGGUGGACAUUGUCAUCACCGAGCAGUCCAAGACGGAUACGGAAAAGUACAAAGCAGCGUUGCGCUUCAAGAAGGACAUACUGCUGCCGGAGUGGAUCUUCGAUAGUCAGGAGCGCGGCUAUGCGCUGCCCACCAAACAGUAUCUGGUGCGUCCGCGCAAGCAAGUCUCGACACCCACCAAGCCACAGCACAGGGAUGAGAAUCAGACGCUGGCGGACACUACACAGUUGACGGAUAUUUCACGCAUUAGCUUCAUUUCCGCCGGACGCCGCAUGGGCAGCGAUCUGAGCACGGUCAAUGAAACGCUGUCCAGCAACAGCGGCGGCGGCGGCGGCCAGCUGAUCAAGCAGGCCACCAGCCAGGCCAGUCAGCUGUAUCAGCAAACGCUGGCGGAGAUUUGUCCGCGUCGCGCUAAGCAGGCGGGCGCUUUUCUGGACGGCUGCUGCAUCUAUCUGAGCGGCUUUCGCGCUGCGGAGCGUGCCAAGCUCAACCAGGUGCUGAAUACAGGCGGCGCUAUACGUUUCGAUGAGCCACGCGAGGGUCUGACCCACAUCAUAGUGGGACAGCUGGCGGCGGAGGAGUACAAUCAAUGGCAGUGCGAGGGUUUGCUGGGCAGCGUGCAGCUGGUGCGUCUGGACUGGCUGCUGGAGUGCCUGAAUGCAGGACGCAUUGUCAGCGAGCUGCCACAUCGCUGGUCCAUGCCACAUGCAGCAGGCGCAGCGCCGGAUGCAGCCUCACCCGCCAGCAAGCGCACACUGCGCUCCAUGAAUCACAGCUUCAAGCAGCCGCUGGCGCCCAGGAAGCAGCUGUUUCAGCAGCAGCAGCCGGAGGAGCAGUGCACACUCGCGCCGGAACCAGAGCCCGAACCGGAGCUGCUCACACACUACUCACAGCCGCAGGAGCCGGCAACGCCGCUGCCCAUGGCCAGCUCCACGCAGCUUAUAAAGCCUCCAGCUGAAGCUGCAGCUGCAACAGCCUCUGGGACUUUGGCCGCCUUGGCAUAUCCGGAUCUCAGCGCCAGCACGCUGUCCAUAGACUUUGACAAGCUGGACUAUCUAACGGGCACUUCCGUUUAUGUGCACGAGGCGAGCUUCAGCAGCGAGCUGUACGAUCAGCUCAUCAGCGAAUGCAAAGCGGCUCAAGCGCUGCUGGUGCCACCAAGCUAUGCCGAUCCGGUGGACUAUGCCAUAGCCAGCUUUGAGCAGCUGCUGGAUCCCGCGACGCUGCCGCUGCAGGCGCGCCAUGUCGUCACCGAACUCUAUUUGGAGAGCUGCAUGAAGCAGAACAAGCUGCUGCUGCCGCCGGAGUACUAUCAUCUGCCUGUGCCGUAUAAUGCGCGGCGUCGUCCGCUGCAGGGCUUGACUAUAGUGGUGUCCAUCUAUGCCGGGCUGGAGCGCGAUUUUGUCAAUACGCUGGCGGAGCUGCUGGGCGCGCAGCUGAACAAAGUGUUUGUCAAGCGGGAGCGUCCAUUGCUCGUCUGCUCUAAUCCAGAGGGUUCCAAGUAUGAGGGCGCGCUCAAGUGGAACUUUCCUGUUGUGACAGCGCAUUGGCUGCUGGAGUGCGCCGAGCGUGGCGAGAAGCUGCCCUUUGUGGGUCAUUUGGUGGGCAGCAGCGCCAGCGAUUUUCCACAGUCGCCGGCGCAGCGUCAGAGCAGCAGACAGCGCGAGUCGGAGACGCCGCAGCCAACGCCCACGCCGGCGCCAGCAGCAGAGCCAGAACCAGUUGCUGCACCGGAGCUAACGCCGCUGCGUAAUCCACGCGUUGCAGAGCUGGUCACAGGACAGCCCAAGAGCAAACGUCGCAGCUCAUCCGGCUCUGGCUCAAGCACGCCGGAUUCGCCGCAUACGCCCGUGCAGCAGCGCUACAAUUUGAACUCGCCGCUGGCCGCAGGCGGCGCUUGCAACUUUGAGUUUCUGGAGCAAGUGGCGCAGCGGCUGGACACGAGCGCCGCCAGAAAUUGCGUUAGGCAGAUUAUUCACGAAAUGCGCGAGCAUCAGACGCCGGAGCUGGAGCGCUUCAGACGUCAGGCCUGCACGCCGGUGAAUCGACGCUCGGGCGCGCGUGCCGCUCCAGGCAUACCCAACUUUUGCCUUACUCCUGAGUUCCAGCAGCGCAUGGCGGAUGACUUUGAGCGUCGCUGGCGUCUGCCCAAGCAGCAGAUCAAACCGGAUACGCCAUUGGCUGUCAUCAGGCAGCGCGUCAUGCGCAUUACCUGCGAGACGCUGGGCAUAGACUACGAAGAGCAGGAGCAGCAGGAACUGCCGGAGCAGAAACAGUCGGAGGAGGAGGAGCAGGCGACACAGCGUCGCAGCAAGCGCAGCAAGCCGGAGCCAGCAUUGGGCAGACUUAUCUUUGAGACGGAAACGCAACCGGAGCUGGCAGCGCCCGCUUCACCGCUCGUGCUGGCUACACAAAGUCCGCGCCGCAGCAGCGCAGCUGGCGCAGCACAGGCGCCCGAUGAGCUGGCCAGCACCAUUAAUUUCGACAAAAUAAGCUUCGAGGAGACAACAGCAGGCGGCGGCGUAACAGCUGCUGCUGCUGAGGCUGCCAGCUCCAGCGACAAUUCGCUGGAGCUCAAACAGAUUACGGAUUAUUUGAAGAGCCGCGAAUCGCGACGCAGCAGCUUGAAGCGCGACCACGACGGUCAGGCCAAGACGGAGCUGCAGUAUGUGCAACCAUUUGAAAGCGAAGGCUUCGCCUUGGCCGCCAGCGAGGAUGUCGUUGGCUGGCGUGAUCCCGCCGAGGCGCGUCGUCAGUCCAGCAACAGCGGCGGCUCGCCCCGCAUGCGCUAUCCGGGCACACCCUGCUUCAGCAUCUCCAGCAGCGAGGAUGAGCCCAAGCGGCUGCAGCUGAUCGAGCGCAUCAACGCGCUGGGCGGCAAGGUGUGCCAGCAACUGGGCAACUAUGAUGCCAGCUGCACGCAUCUGCUCUGCGAGCGUCCCAAUCGCGGCGAGAAGAUGCUCGGCUGCAUUGCCGCCGGCAAGUGGGUGCUCAACAUUGAGUACAUCGAGGCUUGUCAUGCGCGUGGCGCGUUUCUGGACGAGAGCUUCUAUGAGUGGGGCAAUCCGCAGGCACUCAAUUUGCCCACGCUGUCGACGGAGGAGCAGCAAAUUGCCGCUGCUGCGCAUCGUUGGCGCCUGGACUUGAGCGCUAGUGGCGGCGGCGCCUUCAGCUCCCAACGCGUCAUUCUAAGCCUGCAGGAGCGCAGCCUGGCAGCCAUUGGCAAUGUGCUGCAAGCUGGCGGUGCCACCAUCCUGCAAGUGCAUUCACCCUAUAGCGCCGAUGCUGACGCCAGCAGCGCCACGCAUUGCUAUGUGGAUGUCAAGAAGUCGCCGCUGAAUCCCAAGGACUUUGCCUAUCUGCAGAAGCUGGGCGUGCGCAUCAUGUCGCAGAUGUGCAUCAAUAGUCUGCUAAUGUCCGGACGCGAUGCCAAUCUGGACAAAUACGUGCUGCGGCAAUAAUCCAGCCCCAGCGCCAUGUCAUUCAUUCAAUCAUCCAACAUUCAUCUUUUUGUUUUUUCUUUGUUUGGUUAUUCGACUCAAGUCUGAAAUUAUACAUAAUAAUAAUUU